UAGGGCUGUAAUCAGUGAUCCGGAACAAAAUUUAGCCAUUGAGCAAAAAGAAAGUGAUCAUAUCCUUCCAGAUUCAAAGAUGACACCUCUUCGAUUUAGAAAAAGAACACUACAUGAAACAAAGAUAAGAACUCAUUCUACAUUAACUGAAAAUGUGCUUUCUCAUAAAUUACAAUUUGAUGGUAGGAUCAUGUCACGUAAUGGACGUGAUGCUUGCAGAGAGCUGAUUGGGUUCUUUUUCACUCACGACCAAUCCCUUACAAUUUAUGAAUAUCGACAAUUUGGGAAAAAUAGAACAAUUGUGCUUCCUUUUAUUCAAAAAAGCAUUUAUAGUCAUCAAUGUGGACGAAGAAAAGGAAAACAAUACCGACUUGGUGAUUUUUAUGUUGGUGCAACUUUGACAUUUUUGAGUUCUGAUCAUGCCAGCCUUCCAGAAAGCAUGAAAGAAAACACAUUUCUUAAACUCCGAAUCACACAUAUUGAUCAAAUAGCUUUGGAUUCUCUCAAAACUGCUUCUAUGGACCAGGAGGAUGAUAUAGUUAUUCAAGAAACCAAUGAUAGGCUGGUCUUCAAGGCAAUUCAAGAUGUGCUAAAAGAAAAACUACAUAAAAGAGGUGUUCGUAUUUUGACUGGAUUGGGAAAAUACUUUCAACAGUUGGACAAGGAAGGAAAUGGACUUUUAGAUAAGGCAGAUUUUAAGGAAGCUCUAAAAGUGUUUCACUUAGAAGUGUCUGAAAAGGAUUUUGAGUCUGCAUGGCUAAUUCUGGAUGACCAUGGCAAUGGUAAGGCUGAUUAUGGAGAAUUCAAACGUGGUAUUAUUGGUGAAAUGAAUGAAUAUAGGAAAUCAUAUGUUCGAAAGGCCUUUAUGAAACUGGAUUUCAACAAAACUGGCAGUGUGCCUAUUACAAACAUAAGAAAAUGUUACUGUGCAAAGAAGCAUUCUCAAGUAAUUUCAGGCCAUUCAACAGAGGAAGAAAUUAAAUCAUCCUUUCUAGAAACGUUAAAAGUUGCCUGCAGCAAGUCUGAUGAAGUUUCGUAUGGUGAAUUUGAAGAUUACUAUGAAGGUUUAAGUAUAGAAAUAAUAGAUGAUGAAGAUUUUGUUACCAUCUUGCGUACUCCAUGGGGGAUUUAGUCUUUAAUAAUACAUAUGUCAUCAGCACUAAGCAUUUUAUUGGAGAGAUGAUUUCAGUGUAAAGGUUGAUCAAACACUGGAAUAUAUUUUCCUAGGACUUCCUUUAUUCUGUUUUUUUUUUUUUUUUCGUUGAGCCUGGAAAGAACUAUCCAGAAGGAUAGAUGUAGUGGCAUGUGAGUGUUUGUACAUGUAUAUGCCUGCUCACAUGUUCAUGCAUUUGUAAAGGUGUCUUUUUGGUUUAUUACUUAUCUUGCAUAUAUUUUAGAGGUCAUUUUUUAUUAACUUCAAUAGGAAAGUUACAUCUGCAUCAAACAAUAUGGCAGCAUGUAUUUAUUAACCAAGUUUCCUGUCCUUUCACAUUGUUUUUAGCUAUCUCUUCCUCAGAAUAUAUUUGCCACCAUUGUCAAUUUGAUAAAUUAGAAUUGGGCCUAAAGCCAGUGAAAUAAUUCAACGUGUUUUUAACAUAUGAAUAUAUUAAAGGAUAUGCAAGAGAAAUGUUUCAAGCAGUGUGAUUAUAGAUGUUUUCUGUAUAUAGAAUAUUUAGAAUGAUGGAGGUUUACCCCUAUGAUGCUCAUUUAAAUACUGACUUGUCUUGUAAAUCUUUGUCUUCUAAAUUAUGUACUGUUGUUGGUUAAAUAGAGCACAAUGUAGUUUUUCUAAUGACCAGUUGUAUUUGUUCUUUUAUUCUGUUUUAAAACAGCAUCCUUUUUACCAGCAUACAAUUGUUAUUUAGCUAGAAACAAUACAAUAUGAAUGGGAAAUGUUCUUUAUUAAGAUCAAUACAUUAUCUUUUUAAACAAAGAUCCUAAAAGUGUAUUGUUGCAAAUAUGAAUCUAAGGAAUAGUUCAGUAAUUAUUGCCUAAAAUGUGAAAGCAUAUUUUGUAUCCUAAAAUGAAUGUAUCAUAUUCUAAACAUCUCUUUUUGUAUAACAAACAAUUGAAACAUUUCCUUCUAAAUAUAUGUUAUUUAAUAGUUACAUGUAUUGUAGUCAUUCUUUCUAAAUUCUUUGCUAGUCAUUUCUUCCUGGGAAUGCAGAGAAAAGAGACAACUUUAUGAGUUGUUUCCAACUUCAUAAUUAAAUUUUCUAUGUUAAUGUAACAUAAAUUAGAAAAAAUAAGUGAUUCAAAAAUGAAAAUAUUUACUUUGUAGAAUAUGACUUUAGACAUCACUGUAUCCAUCUGUACUUGGCAGCAACAUGAGAAGUGUGAUACAUGUGUACCCAACAAAUUCAAAGUUGCGCUUUUCAAGAUUUGAGAAAGUACUAAAACUUAGUACUAAGAUAUGAGAGGGAAAAUAUGUGUAAACCUCUUAGUGCUAUUUUCACUGGCUAAAUUCUUUAUUUCUUGACUUUUUAAAAAAUUUGGUUAUUAAAAUUAAAACAAUAUGCUAGAAGACAUUUUGGCAGAAAUAAGUCUAUAACACUAUUUUUGUCACAUAUCUUUUUCUUGGAAAAAUUUAUCCAACUAUAGAAAUCUGAAACCAUACAAAUUGUUCUUGUUAAAAAUGACUAAUACUGGAGGUGCUCAAUAUGCAUAUAGUGCGUUUUUCAUUGAUAAUUUUUAUUUAGUUCUUAAGAAACCUAUUCUUAAUGUUGGCAUGUCAUAUUUUUCUGUUUCUAUAAUCAGAAACUGUGUAGUCUGUUAUACCGUAAAAAAAA